AUGUUGGCUGGGGUCGUUUCGGAAUGGUAUUUUUAUAGACAUGAACCUAAUUAUGGUCCACCCGAAGAAAUUUCAAUGCUUUCCCUAAAGAGAGCUACCACGAUUUCAUUUGUUUAUGCUGGUAUAACUUGUGAAUCAUUUUGGGAUUCUGCAUUAAUUACAACUAAAUUAUUUUCAAGAAAUCUUAUUUUUGGUUUAAUCAAUGGAUCAAUCGUAAUUGGAUUACUAUGUGGGUUCGCAUCCUUAAACUAUGCAUCACAUUAUUUAAAUUCUCCUUAUGGAUAUGUGGUCGGCUUAAUCACAGGAAUAAUUCCUUUCCGAAUCGUCAAAUUUUAUGCUGAUUUCAUAAUGGAUACGAUCGAUGCAUCGUUCAUAUGUUAUGCUAUCGAUUUAGACGUUAAUAAAAUACACAGUAAUGAAGUUCACGAAUCUUUUUCAAAUUUCCAAAUUCAAUAA